AUGGUGGAUUUGCAAUUUGGUUUCAGAAAAGUUGGCAACUGGUCUAUCCCAUGCAUUCUAACUGCUUUGAAAAACAAAAAAGAAUUGGCAUUCCGCACUUGUUUCAAAGUAAAAUCAAAGAUAGUUGUAAAACAUGGUGAGGAUCUUCUUUCUCCAAAUGAUGAUACCGUUGACGCUAUAGAAGGUGUUAGGCACGAUGGUUGCGAAACUUAUGUUAUCUUACUUGGAAAUCCGUACCAAGCCGUGAGAUUAUUGAUGUUUGGAGACAAAACCCGAGUGUUGGAUACAAGUGCGCGAUACAUCAUGCUGCAUGAUUACAAACUUUUAGCGCCAGAUGCACAUUAUCUUUGGUAUAGAAUUGUUAGAGUUAUUUUCAUAAGGCGUUUUAGUAAAAAAUCGAACGCAUGGUAUGAAUUGAGCACCGUACCUUAUCCAGUAAAAGUCAAAGGAAUAUUGGUUUUGAAAAAGCUCGAUUAUUGGCGUAAGGGAAAUGGUUUGAGAAACAACGUGGAUCUGUUUCGCGAUAAAACGCGCAAUUUAUUGGGCUUACCAAUGUCUGUAGCGAUAUUGAAUCAUUUACCAGCUGUGAAAAGAUUGUCAAAAACUGAAUACAUAGGUAACACUAGGGAAACAAAAACUAUUACCGUUUAUACGGGUUUGGAAAUAGAGUUAGUGCGAGCUUUAGCAAGAGCAAUGAAUUUCACUUUGCAAUUGUAUGAACCCGCUAAUGCAGACACUGAAAUGUGGGGUAGAAAAGACGAAAACGGUACUUAUUCUGGAAUAUUGGGCGAAAUGGUAGGAGGUUAUGCUGAUUUUGCUGUAGCUGAUUUGCAUUACACACAAUACAACCUGCAAUACAUGGAUCUUAGCUUACCUUAUGGCACCGAAUGUCUGACUUUUCUAACACCAGAAGCUCUUUUUGAUAACUCGUGGAUGACUCUGAUUUUACCAUUCAAGCCAAUGAUGUGGCUAGCUGUAAUGAUAGCUCUGUUCUUUUUGGGCUUUAUAUUUUUCGGAUUGGCUAAAUAUCAAAUGCAUUUGCAAGUGUUUGUUCAAAAAAUGGACGAAGACGAAAAAGUGGAACUGAAAGAUGAAGAUGAAUUAAGAGGACUUUAUGUUUUUGGAGAAAUGGUGAAUAGUAUUUUAUACACAUUCAGUAUGCUUUUGGUAGUGUCGCUGCCAACUUUACCAUCCGGAUGGUCAUUGAGAAUGUUGACUGGAUGGUACUGGUUAUACUGUGUUUUAGUUGCUGUAUCUUAUAGAGCUAGUCUCACGGCUAUAUUAGCUAAUCCAGCUCCUAGAAUUCGCAUAGACACGUUGGAACAGCUAUCAAAAUCACCAAUAUCAGCCGGUGGUUGGGGCGAUCAACAUAAGCAAUUUUUUGUCACAUCUUUGGACGAAUACGGCAGAAACAUUGGUCGAAAAUUUGAGGAUGUAGACAACGCAACUGAGGCUGUCGAUCGAGUCGCACGUGGGGAGUUUGCAUACUAUGAAAACAAGCACUUUUUGCGUGAGCUGAUCGUGGAAAAACAAAGAUCUAAUCGGGAGCUUGGAAUCAGUAAUAUAAAAGAGGUAUGUUUAGCAAAUCAACGGUCGCUGCAUAUCAUGGAUAACUGCGUGAUAAAUAUGCCGGUAUCCAUAGGUCUUCAGAAAAACUCACCUCUUCUUCAAAGAUCUGAUCGAUUUCUAAGAAGAGCUAUUGAAACAGGUCUUGCUGAAAAAUGGUUGAGUGACGUAACUGAACCGCUAAAAGCAGCACAGGCACCUUCCCAGACAACACAAGACAUCCUGGAAAACGUCCACAGGAUAUCCACGCGCGGACAUUCAUUGUCCCUGCGAUAG